CAGAUGAACAUGGCGGACAGCGAGCGCAUGGCUGGUGUGUUGGAGGCGGUGGGCUACGAGUGCAGCCAGGACGCCAGCCAGGCGGAUGUGCUCAUCUACAACACGUGUUCCAUUCGAGAGAAGGCGGAACAGAAGGUCUACUCGGCACUUGGGAAACAGGCCAAGCGCAAACGAGACCGAGUGGGCGACCUGAAGAUUGUGGUGGCGGGUUGUGUGGCCCAGCAGGAGGGCCAAACGCUGCUGAGGCGGGUUCCGGAGCUGGAUAUUGUGAUGGGUCCCCAAUUCGCCAACCGCAUUCACGACCUUUUGGACCAAGCUAACGAUGCUCAAGUAUGCGCGACAGAACAGGUGGCAGUGGAGGAAGACAUCACGACGCCGCGACGCGAGUCAAACAUCACCGCCUGGGUCAACGUAAUUUACGGCUGCAACGAGAAGUGCACGUACUGCGUGGUGCCGUACACCCGCGGCGCGGAGCAGAGCCGGCGGCCGGACGAUAUCCGGCGGGAGAUGCUGGCACUCGGGGAGGCUGGGUACAAGGAGGUGACACUACUGGGCCAAAACAUCGACGCGUACGGCAGGGAUCUUCCCGGCCUGGCUGCCGACGCCAGCGGCCGCCGCGCCUGGACCUUUACCGACCUGCUACGCCACGUACACGACGUGCCCGGCAUCGAGCGCAUCCGCUUCGCCACCUCCCACCCCCGCUACUUUACGGGCAAACACCGACUGGUUCGCGCGUGCGCGGAGUUGCCCAAGCUGUGCGAGUUCUUCCACAUCCCGUUCCAGUCGGGUGACAACGACAUCCUGCGCGAAAUGAAGCGCGGAUACACACACGAGCGCUACCGGGCAAUCAUUGACAACAUCCGGCGGUACAUGCCGGAUGCCUCCAUCAGCGGAGACGCCAUUGUGGGGUUCCCAGGUGAGACAGAGGAGCAGUACCUGGCCACCGAGCGGCUGGUUCGUGAGGUAGGCUUUGACCGGGUCAACACCGCCGCCUACUCGCCUCGCCCCAACACGCCAGCUGCCGAAUGGGAUAACCAGGUGGCGGACCUCAUAAAGCAAGACCGACUUAACAGGCUCAACAAGGUGGUUAUGGAUGUGGCUACGGAGCGAGCGCAGCGCUUCCAGGGCCGUACAUUAGAGGUGCUCGUGGAGGGGCCCAACCCCAAGAAUCCCCGUCAGGCCUUUGGUCGCAUCCGCCACAACAAGCUCGUCUACUUUGACGGCGAUGGCAACGAGCUUCGCGGCAAAUUGGUUCUGGCGCGGAUCGAUCAGUGCAACGCGUUCAGCCUGUUUGGGACGCUGACGGAGGUGGUGGGCAGCCGAGCGGCGGCGCCGGGGACGCUGCCGCUAGUGGCGGUGUGA